AUGUCAAAUAACGCGAUUCAUAAAUAUUUUAAUCAAAAAUAUACCAAGUGGUGUAUAAAUGAGUUCCUAAAAGAAUGCGACGAAGAAUUGUUCCAAGUAAAAAUAGAUAUAUAUCUAAAAAGUCUUCAGAACGUCGUUGAAAUUUGUAAGGGAAAACAGCGUGAAAAGGCACAACAACUACUCGAUAGAUAUAAAAACCCUUUUAGUCGAGCCACAAAACCAGUGUUAGGGCACAGGCAAUCUUUUAGGUUCACGGCCCGAUCACAAAGUAGCGAAAAUGUGGGAGCAGAAUCGUUUGCAAAAGAUACAUAUCCACAAGCCGAAAUUUACGAAUUAUGA